CUCUUAGAAAUCCAUCCAGUUCACUAUAUAAAAAAUCUCGAAAAUCUCUCUUCACGAAAUAUAUCAAAGAAAAGAAAAUCUUCCGUUUUGCAAAACCCUCACUUCCAUUUCUCCACUACACGAACCCUAAACAAUGAGUUCAUCUACUUCUCCUACACAACAAUUAGCAGCAGUAGGCGGCAGAGAAACCACAUCUGAUCAUCGUUCAAUGAAGAUCCGGAGGUUAGAAAUCAACCCAAAGGGAAUGGAUGAUAACAAGAAGAAACUGACGAAACUUUUGUUGAAUGUGACGAUUGAAAGAAGCUUAGGACCAGUUCAAGUUAUAACAUCAUCAGAGAAAAGUGUCGAAGAAUUGAUUAAAUCGGCUUUAGAGAUUUAUGUUAAAGAGAAAAGAAGACCAUUAUUGAUUGAAACUAAUCCUAAUUCGUUUGAGCUUCAUUACUCUCAAUUCUGCUUAGAAAGCUUGAAUCCGGCAGAGAAAUUGAUAAGUUUGGGAUCAAGGAAUUUCUUUUUGUGUUUGAAACCGACGGUGAUAGUAAAGUCCAUCUCAUGCUCCAAUGAAGCUAAUCAGAAGGAAGCAAACAAGUCAUCAUAUUUUAUGUGGACUAGAUUCAUGGAUUUCCUACCGUAGACUGUUCUUUUCAAGUAUUUUUCUUUUUGUGACUUUACUUUGUAGGGAUGCAUGUCUGUUGUAUAUUAUUGACUGCACAUGUAAAUUAAUAUUGUAGUAGCAAGAGCCAUAGAAUUGGUGGUAGUUGGAUCUGAAUUUCAGCCUCUCUGUCUAAUGUUUUACGAAAGGUCUAUAAAAACCAUGAUAUAUGGGGCAAGUUUAUUGCCAUCAUAUAGGAUGUAAA